UCCACGGGGUGUCCACACCUCGCGGAGUAAGAUCACUUGGGUCUCUACCGCCGAUUACUCUCGCGUAACCGUCCUCUGCGCCGCGCGCCGUCGAUUUCUAGAGACCCUAUAAAGAGAGAUUCUCCAACUCGUCACGUGAUUGCUCCUAAACUCUAAUUGGUUGGGGUAAGUUUGCACAUCUGCGCUCCAUGAAUUCGCACUAUAACCCUAUGCUUGGAUGGCUUGACUGUCAGACAGCUGUCAGGAUACGUGAUACGUGAUUAUGUACAGUCGUGAGCUAAAAGGUUGCAACACAUUUUCUUCGAUGGAUUUUGGAAUGUAGACUUGCUUAUCGAUCGGCAAACGUAAUUGGUUGGAUCCAUAGAUUUUUAGAUUUUGCAAUGCCAAGCAUUUGCUGUGCAUCUAGAUGUUAUAAUAAAUCGUGUCAAGGCUAUGCAUUGGCACGAUUUCCGAAAGAAGAAGAAUAUAAAAAAGCAUGGUUAGAUACUUUAGGCGAGAAUGCUGCUUUGUCGAAGCGUUCCGUGGAAAAUCUUAGAUUGUACGAAGUACACUUUGAACCAUCGGAUAUAUUUGUAGUGGGUAGCCGGAAAGAAAUAAAAAAAAAAACGCAAUUUUAUCACGUUUUUGUCGCUGUUUCUUUGAGAAUUACAAGUCGCAAACAAGAAAACGAACGAAAGAGAAAACACAUGUGCGUAAUAUUAAAACCAAACUAAAUAAUCAUAUUUAUCAAGCAAUUGAUACAUGUAAGCAUUUUCGUAUCUCUGAAAAAAGCGUGUCUUUUUCAAAAAUCAAGCAUACCAAGGAAAAGUUAUCUAAGAAGCAAAUGCGUGUUAUGAAUUAUCAAUUCAAUUGUCCAUUUACUAGGCUUCCGUUAUCAAUUAAUAAAAUAAAUAUAGAUAUUUCAAAGAAAAAUUGCAAUAUGUCAAAUUCUAAAAACAUCUGUGUGUCUUCAGAUGUUAACUCUGUUAAAAGAACUGUGCGAAAACUGACAAAGGAAAAUGAAGUAUUGAAGAAUGUCAUAAAUGUUAUGGAACUAAUUUUACAAAACAAAUUUAAUUUUUAAAAAUCUUUUUUUUAAAUAUACCUUCUUGUGUAUAUAUUUUUUAUAUUUUUUUAAUUGUAACCUUUUAUGUAUACUCUAUUAGUGAUAUAUUGAAUAUAUAUUAAGAUAUCAAUAAGGGAUAAUAAAAUAAAAUUUGUAUCAUGGU